CCUGUAUGCUAUUUCGUCCGCGUUCAAAAAAAAAAAAAAACGCUAACAAAGACCCCCUUUCCUCCAUCACCGGCGCCAUUAAAUACUUCUGUCAAGGUGUAUGUGUCCUUGUAAACCCAAUAUCUAGAGAGAGAGAGAGAGAGAGAGAGCUCCAGGGAGAAAUGGGUUUCCAGAAGGCAAUAACAUUGUUGGAGGAUCUAAUAAAGAAGGCAGGAGGCUGCGCGGUUAUCGACGGUGGAUUCGCCACCCAGCUUGAGAGACACGGCGCAACCAUUAACGACCCUCUUUGGAGUGCUCUCUGUUUGAUCAAAGAUCCUGACCUCAUCAAGCGGGUUCACUUGGAAUAUUUAGAGGCUGGUGCAGACAUUUUGGUCACUUCUUCUUACCAGGCCACACUUCCAGGAUUCUUGUCCAGGGGAUUAUCCGCUGAAGAAGGAGAAUUGUUAUUGAAGAAAAGUGUUACAUUGGCUGUUGAAGCCCGUAAUAAGUUCUGGGAUGCUGUGGAAAGGAAUCCUGGGCAUAGUUAUAACAGAGCUUUGGUUGCAGCCUCCAUUGGAAGCUAUGGAGCUUAUCUGGCUGACGGCUCUGAGUACAGUGGGUGUUAUGGACCAGAUGUGAAUCUGGAAAAGCUGAAGGAUUUCCAUCGGCGGAGGUUGCAAGUUCUGGUUAAAGCAAGUCCGGAUUUGCUGGCCUUUGAGACCAUUCCCAAUAAACUUGAAGCCCAGGCCUGUGUUGAGUUACUUGAAGAAGAAAACAUCAAUAUUCCAUCUUGGAUUUGCUUCAGUUGCGUGGAUGGUGAGAAUGCCCCAUCUGGAGAGAGCUUCCAGCAGUGCCUUGAGGCCAUAAAUAAGAGUGAUAGAGUAAAAGCAGUUGGAAUUAAUUGUGCGCCUCCCCAUUUUAUUGAAAGUCUCAUCUGCAAAUUUAAGGAGUUGACUGAAAAGUUAAUAGUUGUAUAUCCGAAUAGCGGCGAGGUAUGGGAUGGCAGAGCUAAAAGAUGGCUGCCAUCAACCUGUUUUGAUGAUGAUAAAUUCGAGUUCUUCGCAACAAGAUGGCACGACUUAGGAGCUAGCCUCAUUGGAGGCUGUUGUCGGACAACACCCUCUACUAUUCAAGCCAUUUCAAAAGUUUUAAAGGACCCUAAGCAGUCGUAGGGCUGGCCUGGAAUCUUAGUAUUUGGAGGAUAGCUACACAUUUUCUUAUUGUAUUUCCACCAUAAUUAAACAUUAGAUGCCUGCUUUUAUUUAUUUAUCUCCUUUUGUAGUUCUAUAUUCCUUGUUUAGCUGAGUUUGCUAUGCUAAUUCGCCAUCCCUUGAAAUUAUUUCUGCACCAGAAGAAACCAAUGUAGAACCCUCUUUGCAAUUCUUACAACUUGAUUUUACUGCA